AGAAAACCAACCAGAGAUAUUCCUCCUUCACACCUUCAUGGCAGAACAUUCAAAGUCACGGACACGUUAAUCACCAAAUUUUCCUCACUGCCUCUCACUUUUGGUUCUUUUGGUCACAACAAAAUAGAGAAAACAAAAAACAUAAAAAACUCAUUUUUCAAGUUCAUAGCCUUUCAAGAACUCAAACAUGGCUGAUCACAAGGACCAACAUCAGCAGCAGCAACCCCAUGGCUCAAAGAGAGAAGAAGAAGAAGUCAUAACAACAUUUUCUCCCACAAUAUUUUCUCCCAAGUCAUUUCCCAGGAGAAGAAGAAUCAAAUACUGUGGAAUUGUCAUUGCACUUGUUCUGCUCCAGAUAGUAGUGCUUGGGGUGCUUUGCCUCACUGUGUUUCGCUUCAAGGAUCCCAACAUCAAGCUGGCUGCAAUUUCUGUCAACAAUUUCAGCAGCGCGCUUGGAACAUCCACUGCCAUCAACAUGACACUGAGGGCAGAAAUUAAGGUGAAGAAUCAAAACUGGGGUAAGCUGAAAUAUGAUGAGAGUUUAUUGGUUUUGUCACAUGAGGGUAUUACAGUUGGACAAGGAACAAUUCCAAAAGGGUCUAUUAAGAUGAGGCACAGCAAGCAGGUGAGCGUUUCGGUGGAGGCAAAUCUUGAUGGCAGACCAUCCUCAAGCAGUGAUAUUAGUUCAGGGGUUUUGAAUUUGAAGAGCUAUGCCAAGCUGAGCGGGAAGGUGAGUAUGGUGGGUCUGGUGAAGAAAAGAAGAAGUGGGGAAAUGAAUUGCAGUUUGACAAUUAGUUUGGCCCGGCAGGCAAUCCAGGAAUUCCACUGCCAAUGAAAAUUCUGACUCGGAAGAGGCCGGAAACUUAUUGCUUUCUUCUUCUUUUUGGUCUGGAAUUUUUUUAUCGACUUUAAAGUUUGUAUCCGGAGUCUCUCUGUUGUAGUUUUCUCUGAUACUUGUGCUGAUGAUUGUAUAUGCCUUUAUUUGUAAACAUUUUUUGUGCUUGAGUUUUAGCUUGUUGAACCUAAACUAUGCAGAGGCAAUGCAGAGAUUAAAUACCUUUUGAUCGGUCUAUCCUGUAACAAAUUGGUCUAGAAUUUUUAGUAAAGCUACUGUAGUUUCUCUGAUA